GUCCUAUUGUUCCUCUCUAUGGAUUGGUUACUGAUGCUGCACAUGCUAAAACCAUUAAAAAAUAUGUCGUACCCACCAUACAAAAAUUUUUUUCAUGCCAUGGUAUUUUUCAGGAGGAUAAUGCAACGCCGUACAAGUUGAAAGUCACCACGGCCAUUUGCGAAGCUCACAGAAUCAAAAAAUUAUCAUGGCCCUCCAGAGUCCCAACUUGA